AUGGUCAAAGGCAGGCAGGGUCGGGCAACAGCAGACAGGAACACAGACAGCAAGAAGAAGAGUAAGACUAAAACAGGCGGGGGUCAGUCCAGCGGCGAACGUUAUCCGACAGGGGCUAGGCAGAAGAGUGGUCAGACGAGCGAGGGUUCAAAACGAGACAACGGGAAAACUAGACACGGGGGGAAACUAGGAGAUACGCUUAGUACGAAUACACCAUAUACAGACACCAUAUACAGAUUCAAUGUUACUGUCUCUGGUGUGUUUGCUGAUUCAGAUACAGUGAAGUCAGUGUCAGUGAUGGAGGGAGAUUCAGUCACUCUACAGACUAACACUGAAAUACAGACAGAGGAUUGGAUAACAUGGACAUUUGGACUUUCAAAGACUCGAAUAGCUCAAAUCAGUAAAAUGUCUGAAAGAUUCUCCACAUAUGAUGUUCUUGGUGGGAGAUUCAGAGACAGACUGAAGCUGGAUCAUCAGACUGGAUCUCUGACCAUCACAAACACCAGAUCCACACACUCUGGACUUUAUCAAGCAACCAGCAGAGGCACAACAGGCACCACAUACAGAUUCAAUGUUACUGUUUUUGCUCGUCUGCCGGUUCCUGUCAUCAUGAAAGACUGUUCUUCAUUAUCAUCAUCAUCAAACUGUUUAUUGCUGUGUUUAGUGGUGAAUGUGAGUGGUGUGACUCUCUCCUGGUACAAAGGAAACAGUUUGUUGUCCAGCAUCAGUGUGUCUGAUCUCAGCAUCAGUCUCUCUUUACCUCUGGAGGUGGAAUAUGAGGAUAAAAACACCUACAGCUGUGUGCUCAACAAUCCCAUCAGAAACCAGACUCAACAUCUGGACAUCAGCAAACUCUGUCACACAUGUUCAGACUCUGUUCACUGUUGUGGUUCUACUGAAGCUGUGAUCCGAUUGGUCCUCUCUGCUCUGGUGGGCGUGGCUACUGUCGUUAUUCUGAUUUAUGACAUCAGAUCCAGAAACGCUGAACAGGAUUGAGCACAUAUUCACACACCAGAAACAAUUGAAGUCUAAAGCAGAAUUCAGAAUUUUAAAGAUACUUUUGUUUUCAUUUUUUUUAAUCCAGUUUAAAAGG